AGAAUAUAAGUCUAAUUAUAGUUCAGGUUGCCUAGUUCAGACCUUCAGGGACCCUGAAUAUAGAGGGUUUUGUCCUGGUUUUGCCUUUUGCGAAGUGCCAAAGUCCCGUUUUUAGGGGCGGAGAGGUGGGAGUUGAAUAUUAGGACAGCCACCAAAUCUAUUGCAUUUUGCAGUGGCAUGGCCGAUUUUCUGGCCGGCACAAGUUUUUAACAUAACACAAUUUCUACUACUGUCGUGGAGUUUCUUUGAGUUACUUUAAGCUAUUCCUGGUAAAUAACUUUUUCCUUGAGGUUAUCUUUCUUUCGUCUGGUGAAGCGUAAAUAAGCAAUGACGAAAUCAACCUCGAAGUCGCGUAAUGGACAGACGAAAACACUCGUCUCGAAUGCUCCAACUUCUACCAAGAAAAAAACGAUAGAAAGGGCAAAGGUGACGAUACGAGCAACGAAAGAUCGCCGAAUAACACUUCAAACGGAAAAGUCAAAUACAGAACUGUGUCUCCAGUCCAGACUGGAGGAGGGAGCGAGGUAAACCACCCCCUUCACAAGUAGCAAUAAAGUUCAAAAGGGAGUUAAGAAAAAUAUGAAAACCGGUGAAAGGAAUGGCCUGAUCUCCCUCAGUCCGGAAUUAAUGCAAUUAAAAAAAAUGAGGGAAGAAGAACGCCAAGAGAGAGAAGGAAUCGUGCUAUGGAAGAGACCAUUCACAACCCUGCAAUAUUUUACUGUUGAACUCUGCUUGACUAUUCAAGAAUAUGCCCAAAAGUUAUGGGCUUACAAGUUGUCAGUAUUGUUUACCAUCAGCUUAAUGGUGCUGAGUGUUAUAGCAUAUCACAUCCCAGGACCUCAUCAGGAACUUAUAAUCUCUGUAGAAAAACAAGUCAUAUGGUGCCUUUAUUGGCUGGGACUUGGUGUUCUUAGUUCUGUAGGCCUUGGCACAGGGUUACACACAUUCUUACUUUAUUUGGGACCGCAUAUUGCGGCUGUUACGCUUGCCGCUUACGAAUGUGGUACCUUAGAUUUUCCAUCUCCACCCUAUCCGGACAGCAUUAUCUGUCCGGAAAAUGAGACAUUAUCUCAGCUGCCAGUGACGCUUUGGUCUAUAAUGGCAAAAGUGCGGCUGGAAGCAAUGAUGUGGGGAGCUGGAACAGCCCUAGGUGAGCUACCACCUUACUUUAUGGCUAGAGCCGCACGAUUGUCAACAUUAGGCAACAAAGGAAAACGGGGACGGAGGCGAUCUAGUAUCGAGCUUAAUGACGACAUCGAAAAAUUAAUUGAAUUCGAAACCCUGCAACUUAAACAACAGCACCCUGAACAGAUGACUUUACUUGAUCGCCUAAAAUCAGGCGUUGAGCGUCUGGUAGAACGUGUUGGAUUCUUUGGCAUCUUGGCCUGCGCAUCGAUUCCCAAUCCUCUCUUCGAUUUAGCAGGGAUUACAUGCGGCCAUUUCCUAGUGCCAUUCUGGACUUUCUUUGGAGCUACAUUAAUAGGAAAAGCUAUUAUUAAAACGCAUUUGCAACAGUUAACAGUGAUCGUGGCGUUUAAUGAGAAUUUGGUGAACAAACUGCUGACAUCUUUGGCAAAUGUUCCAGUAAUAGGAUCACGGUUAAAGGAGCCUAUAGAGCAAUUGUUUAGAAGCCAAAAAGCCAAAUUGCAUGCUAAGGAGGGUACGAUACCGUCCGAAGGAGGCAGCCUGUUAGCUUCUCUUUUCGAAAAGCUCGUGAUGGUCAUGGUGAUAUAUUUCGUCAUUUCAAUCGUCAAUUCACUGGCGCAAAGCUAUCAUCACCGGUUACAAACACGUAAGCAGAGUUUAACUGCGGCUACUCCACGCCAAGCUAACAAGAAUCGCAGCAAAAGCCAGACAAUCAUCGCAAAACAAGCUUGAAUUGACGUUAUGCUAGCCAUUCUGUUUUUUUUUUUCUGUCUUUUAAAGUAAAUUGAUUAAGUAGAUAUAAAGUCUUUUUGACGAUGAUUUACUCAGAUGAUCAAUUUUUUGUUUUUUCCUGAAGGAAAAAUGGCAGGUUUAGAGUCUUUUUUUCUUGAGCAUUUCUUGGUCUGAAAGAAAAAAAAAUCUCUUGUUCUCCAGCCAAUUUCUGUUUGCAUCCUUUACAUUCCCCUCCUCAACAAGGUGCCCGGCGUGUGCUUUUUUUUUUGUUUUUUUUUUUUUUCCCGAAUUAGUCUAAUUUAAGGUUCCAGGAACCGUAUAUUCCCUUUUAUAUAUAGUGUAUCAACGCCGUGCCAGGCCCCCGUUUUGUCCCCAACAUCCCGCCUGUCAUUCACUUUCCGUGUUCGUGUGUGUGAGUGCGUAUCAGUGUUAUCAUACUUGAUCGUGUGUAUCAGAAUGGGUGGCAAUACAAGUGGAGUUGUGUAAAUUUA